AUGACCAAGUGCCACCGUCUCCUCAUAUCUGCACUCGCUGUGAUUGCUAGCGAUACUGCCCUGCUGGCUUGUGCGGCUGACGCAGUGUCUCCAGUCACUUCCUUGGACCACACGCAAGCGGAUGAGUCGAACGUGCAAGUGAAUCGAUUGAAUGAAAGCGCGAAUGAUGCUGGUGGUGAAGAAAGAGUGCCCAACUUUCUUUUGCCGUUCAUCGAAAGGUUUGGCGUUGACUGGAAGAAAGUGCAAAACAGGAUUGCUCGGAUUGGAGAAGAAUCUGCUUGGAGCAAGUACAAGGGUGCCUGGCGCAAGGAAAACAAGGCCAGUGAGGAGGAGGUUACCUCGAUAACGGGACUGGAUGAUAGGUGGAAGAAGAACGAGGAAGAUUUGGCGAAGUUCCUGGCCCUUCAUAAGAAAGCGGACGAGGCUGUGAAAGCGGAAGAGUCAAAAUGGUUGCAAGCGAAAGCAAUCUGGGACAGGGAACAAGCAGCCUGGAGGACGAAGAAAACAAUCUGGCAGAGACUGUUUUCUACGAAGAAGCCUGUGAAGUGGGAUCCGACUGCCUUGGCGGAGAGGCGUGCUGCCAUGGAUAAGGUGGUGGAUGCCCAUGAUGAGAAACAAGAAGUUUUACGUCAAAAAGCAAGGUGGACGGACCAAGAAAAACAGUCAGUGCACGAACUUUCGCAUUUGCAGAAACAGGUGGCCGAAGAGGAGGUUAAGCAAAAUCUGGCCAGGUUCACGACACUGAAAGAGGACGAUGUUACCGUGGACAAAUACGGAGAACUACUGGAUCUGGACCCGUCGACCGUCAAGUCAUACGUACGCGGGAAGAUUUCUCCCCAAGACUUUUCCCGAAUGGGGCCGGAGUACAGGAGAUUCUUGUACUACGAGAAAUUCUACGAAAAAGGAUCCGAAGGGGUCGAUAAUUUCAUUGCUCUUAUGCAUCGACCGUCAGAGUGGUGGUAG